AUGGAUAAAUUCUUCAAGCCGGAGUGCCUAUCUUUGGACCCUAAUGAUUCCCAUUCUGAUCGACAGUGGAAACAUUGGAAAACCACUUUCAAGAAUUUCAUGGAAGAAAUAUGUGCUGCAGAAGAUGAUCUACUAAAACUUCUAACUAAUUUUGUGGACUACAACAUAUAUGAAAUAAUCUCAGAGGCUGAUUCUUAUACUGAAGCUAUAUCUAUUCUUGACAAACUUUUUAUAAAGCCUACUAAUGAGGUAUAUUCACGUCAUCAAUUGGCAACUAGAAGACAGGAACCUGGAGAAAGUAUUGAUCAGUAUCUUCGAAAACUCAAAGAACUUAGUAAAGCAUGCAACUUUAAAUCUGUCACUGCUAAUGAAAAUCGCAACGAGUACAUAAGAGACGCUUUCAUUCGAGGAUUAAUAUCACAGUCCAUUCGACAAAGACUUCUUGAAAAUCUAACUUUGACUCUUGAAGAAGCUUAUAAUCAAACCAUUACCUUGGAAUCAGCUGAAAAUCAGGCGGUUUCAUAUAUUUCAAGCCCUUGUAACUCUAUAUCUCAGUCAACUCCUAAAAAUGUUGAUGUUACUGAUACAAAUGUUUCUCAGGCAGCUUCUGAUUCGUCUUCACACCAAUUAUCCUCGAUAAGAAGAGAAAAAUGUUUCUUUUGUGGACGGUCACGACACUCUCGAGCCAACUGUCCUGCCAAAGACUCAGUUUGUAAUGUUUGUGACAAGAAAGGCCAUUGGGCAACAGUUUGCAAUUCUCGCAACCAAAGUAGGACAUUUAAGGGUAAAACAACUCAAAGUGAAAAGACAGAAAUAAACUCAAUGUCUUCCUCUCUUGUUGCUGCCUCACAAAAAUGUCUUUCAAAAGCUACAGUGUCACUGAUGUUAAAUGGCAAACCAGUAGAUGCACUCAUUGAUACUGGGAGUUCCGACAGUUUUAUAUCCGAAGCUACUGUGAAAAGAUUCAAUAUUUCUAAAUACCCAACAAAGCAUGAAAUAUCGAUGGCAUCAACAAGCCAUGUUUCAUCAACUCUUGGCCACUGUAUUGUUCACAUGGUGUACGAUGGCCACGAAUACCCACAGACAAAGCUGCUCGUCUUAACUGAUUUAUGUGCCGAUGUUGUAAUUGGACAUGACAUCCUUCGGCAACAUUCUGCUGUGGAGCUGAAUUUCGGGGGUAAACGCCCACCCUUCAACGUUUGCAAUCUACUUAGGGCUAAAGUAUCACCACCACCACUGUUUGAUAAUCUAACUAAUGACGUCAAGCCUGUAGCCAUCAAGUCCCGCCGCUACUCUGAAGAUGAUAGUAAGUUCAUAAAAAGUGAAGUAAGUAGGCUUAUAUCAGAAGGAAUAAUUGAACCGAGUAAAUCACCUUGGAGAGCCCAAGUGAUUGUGGUCAACAAUGGGCACAAGAGACGUCUGUGUAUUGACUACUCUAAAACCAUCAACAAAUUCACACAGCUUGAUGCCUACCCUCUACCUCACAUUGAAUCAUUUGUCUCUAAGCUUGCUCAAUAUAAAGUGUUCAGUACAAUCGAUCUGAAGGAGGCAUAUCACCAAAUACCUAUUCGGAAUGAAGAUAAACCAUUCACUGCCUUUGAAGCUAAUGGGAGACUUUACCAAUACACUCGAAUUCCUUUCGGCGUAGCUAAUGGUGUGGCGUGUUUUCAAAGAACUAUUGACCAGAUUAUAGAAACUGAAAAUCUACUAGACACGUUUGCUUAUCUGGACGAUGUAACUAUUUGUGGUCGUAGCCAAGCAGAACACGAUCAAAACCUACAGAGAUUCAUGGAAGCAACUAAAAAGUAUAAUCUUACCCUGAACAAAGAAAAAUCUAAGUUUUCGUUGACCAGCAUUCCAGUUCUGGGUUACAUUGUAGAAAACAUGUCCAUGCGUCCUGAUCCUGACCGCUUGCAAUCACUCUUGAAUUUCCCUGUUCCAACUGAUAAUGCAAGCCUUAAAAGAGCUCUUGGCAUGUUGUCCUAUUACGCAAAGUGGAUUCCUAAAUUCUCUGAGAAGGCCUUACUACAGUCAAAUCAUUCCCAGUAG